AUGAGUGUUAUUAUGAGCUAUAACAACCACCUGAAUCAAAAAUACCAUCCUUAUUCGUAUCGGCCGGACCAAAAUCGUCAUGGAUACUAUCGCAUAAAUCAGGUUCCAAUACUGCAACAACAUCCUCCAACAGCUCAAACGACGAUCCCACCACCAGCUAUACCUGGUGUCCAAAGUUCAAUACAAACCACGAUACAACCCGCACAACCACUUCCACACUUGCAGCCCCCAAUACAACAACCACAAGUUUACUAUCAGCCAUAUCCUCCCCAACAUUACUACACAUACGUACAACCACAGGCAGAACAUUCUUUACCCCCUGGCAAACGCAGGAAGACCAAACAUUUCUCGACAUGGACCCCUGCAGAGGAUAAGCUUUUGCGAGAAUUGAAGGAGGAACAAAAGAUGGGCUGGAAACAAAUUCUGACUUACUUGAACGACAGAACCCCCAAUGCAUGCCAGUUUCGCUGGAGAAGAGUUGUAGGCAGCAUAAAUGUAUCAAACACCUCGGUUGCUACAUUACCUCCUUCAUCGCCAGCGGCCUCGUCAUCCAGAUCGAACUCAAUAACAAGUUCUCCCAUGACUUCGCCAAAACAACCCAACUCAUCUAAUGCCGAGUCAGCUGAGUCGACUGAGUUUAGAGAACAUAUGCACACUACAGAUACUACAUCCGAUUUAAGCAAUUCGUCUCCUACAACAGGAAGACGUAAAUCAUCGCAUCAUUCGAUAAACUUUUUGUUAAAUUAA